GUUUGAUUUAUUUUAAUCCCCUUUGACGUCUAUAGUUUCAACAAUUCUUUCUUCCCUGUUUUUUCUUUCAUUUUCCUUAAAAUUUUGUUCAAGGAUUAAUAUUGAGCUAACAUUUCAGCUCUAAAAUGGGAAGAUUCAACUUGCUAAGGCUAUGUCCACGGCGUUGGGUUUCAACCAGGUCUGGAGAAUCGGCGAUUGAUGGAGUCGAUGGGAUUAGGAAACUUUCCGCUAUAUUCCAAUCGUUAAAUCGUGGAAGAGCUUUGCACAGUUGCAGUUUUGGUGUUGGGAAACCUAUUGAUUUUACUGCCACUAGAAUGCCACUGAAAGCACGUUAUAUCCAUGCAACAGGGUCAUGUUGCUCUGCUAAACAAGAUUACUAUGAAAUUCUUGGAGUGUCAAAAAGUGCAACUCGAGAUGAGAUUAAAAAGGCCUAUCAUGCACUUGCCAAGAAGUACCAUCCUGAUGCAAAUAAGAAUAAUCCUUCUGCAAAGAGGAAGUUUCAAGAGAUAACUGAUGCCUAUGAGACUUUGCAAGAUUCAGAAAAGAGGCGAGAAUAUGAUAGGACUUAUGCUAGAAGUUCAGAAGACAUGGAAUUUGGGGCAGAUGGUGCUGAAGGGUUUAGAUUCUAUAAUACAAGUGGUUCACAAGGGUUUAGAUAUACUCGUCGGGGAAACUUCUCUGAUUCAUUUUCCAAGAUAUUUUCUGAGAUAUUUGAAGAUGAGAUGGAUCAGACUUCACCAGAUAUUCAGACAGAGCUCUUGCUCUCUUUUUCUGAAGCUGCUAAAGGAUGCACAAAGGAUCUAUGUUUUGAUGCAUUUGUUCCUUGUGAUUCUUGUGAUGGGUGUGGCUAUCCACCAAAUGCCAAAGUUAAAGUUUGUCCAAUUUGCAGAGGCAAAGGGACUGUUACAAUUCCUCCUUUUACAUCAACAUGCAACACUUGUAAAGGAUUGGGACAAAUAACCAAGGAAUACUGUAUGGCAUGCCAAGGAUCAGGGGUUGUUGAAGGUGUUAAGGAAGUUAAAGUUACAAUACCUGCAGGUGUGGAUUCUGGAGAUACAAUACGUAUACCAGAAGCUGGUAAUAUUAAGCGACAGGGAAGUCAACCUGGUAACUUGUUUAUUAGGAUAAAGGUUGCAGAUGAUCCUGUCUUUGCUAGAGAUGGUGCAGAUGUUUAUGUCAAUUCUAAUAUUAGCCUUACUCAGGCAAUUCUUGGUGGUGAAGUUGAGGUGCCUACAUUGUCAGGGAAGGUUCAAGUGAAAGUACCUAAAGGAUGCCAACAUGGAGAACUUCUUGUUCUAAGAGGCAAAGGAUUGCCAAAGCAUGGUUUUCUAGUAUAUCAUGGAGAUCAGUAUGUCCGCUUCCGCGUUAAUCUGCCAACUGCGAUAAAUGACCGGCAACGUGCUAUUCUAGAAGAAUUUGCGAAGGAGGAAUUUGAUAAUGAAAAUGAUAGCACUGUUGAAGGUAAUUGGUGGGAGACAAUCGUUGAGCAUGUGAGGGGUCCCAAGUUGAUCGAACUGGCUCUACUCUUGCUAAUCCUGCUCUUCCUGAAAAAGACUUUUGACUAAACCGACUCGAGGAUGAUAUAGGAAAUGAAGUUUGCCUCAAUUGUAGGGGGAAUCUGUGGAUUGAGGGUUCAGUUAUCUCCAUGUCAUGUGGUUACCAUUUAACAGCAGGGACAUGAAACUAUUUUUGGACAUGCUAUUUGUUGUACAGAACUUGCUUUGCAACAAUAAGUGGAAAGGUAUGUUGAGGGAUUAAAACUUGUAUAAGCU